GUUUUGAUGUGAUCGAGUCAGGGCCGAAGGGGCAUACUAAGUUGCGAUUGAGACGCCAGCACGUGCAUGACAACAGCCCGCGGAUCAAGAAGAGUACUCGACUUUCGACUCGGGAAUACCUCCGGAGUCCGGCCCAAUAACACUCUCUACGUCAGCUCGGGCCCCCUUUGGCGGGUGUUUAUUAAUAUAAUCAAAACAACAAUGCGAACUGUUUAUUAAUAAUCCAAGUCGGACGAGUCUGAGCUCAGAUUGCCGCCUUCGACCGGAGCUUGAGAUCAGUGAGCCGCAAGGCAUCGAAUAGAACGCACGGAGUCGGAAAACGAGGUUUUGAAAUGAGUUUUAGCCUGCGGAUCUCGACGCCCGUCCGCCUCCUGGUGGACCUGGCCCUGAUUGGCCUGAUCCUGGUUAUCGUAGAGAACUUUCCAAGGAUCUGGGGACCGCCGACUACCCGAGGCUUUUUUUGCGAUGAUCAGAGCCUUAUGUAUCCGUACCAUGAAAACACAAUCAGCCCCCCGAUACUGCAUCUGCUAGGAUUGUACCUGCCCCUGCUCAGCUUGGUCCUGCUCGAAAGUUUCCUUUGCCGGAGCAAAGGUGCCUGCAGUUGGAGUCACUAUUGGCCUGUGUACAACGUGGUCCGAUGGUUCCUCUACGGUUAUGUGUUCAACGACCUUCUCAAGAGCAUCGGCAAAAACACGAUAGGCCGACUGCGUCCGCACUUCUUCGCCGCUUGCAGGCCGGUAUUUGCAAAUGGAUCUACCUGUGCGGAUUUGGCCCACAAGGUCAUCCAAGAGUACCAUGAGGUUUACAUCUGCCAACCCCAGCUGUCGGGAGCCAGCGAGGAGGUUCUUAAGGACCUAAGGGUGUCCUUCCCCAGCGGACACUCUGCCAUGGCGUUUUACGGCCUGGUCUUUGUGGCACUGCACAUCCGUUGGCGCCGCUGGCCGUUGCCAGGCUCUCUUCUAGGGCCCGUGAUUCAGCUAGUCUGUGUCGUUGUGGCCUGGUUUGUGGCCCUCAGCCGGGUCAUGGACUACAAACACCACUGGUCGGAUGUUGCGGCCGGAUCUCUGUUAGGGGUUGCGGCAGCCUUCUUAGCUGUUCGCGCGGCAGCACUCGAGGAAAGUCAAAGGAUAGCCAUGGAUGCACCUGCAAAUACGGCACAGGUGGGUCCGACGGAAACGGAGGCGUCCCGGGGCCAACCGGUGCACCAUGACUUGUGUCUGGUCACUUGCCAGACGUCUAAUUAGGUAGGUGUUGCGCCAGAGCCUCGCCACAUGUAGCAUAAGGUUGACAAUAAACUUAGACAGCGUAA